GAAGACAGACAAAUAUGAUUUUGAUGGUCAUCGUGAGAGCGUCAGGAUCAAGGUUAUCGGGGGAGUGAAUGCUCAAUGCUUAUCAUCAUCGAGUCCGAAUCUGAAACUGUCAACAGAAAUACGCAACAACUACACAACUAUGUAGCAUGGACUGGAUGGGAUGGGAUGAGAUGGUGAGCUGGUGAGAGCGAGCGCACUCUCAGCAAGUUGGAAACACAAAAGCGAAGGUCGUCAUCGUCGUUGUUGUCAACAAUGUUAUCAGAGUCCGCGGCUCCCUAGAAUCCGACAUGAUGAUAGUUGUCUCAACACAAAGCUCAAAGAGCUGUCAGUUCAGUUUCAGACCAGAGUGCUACCUAAUAUUGUCGUCGUCGUUGUCAACGCGAAAGGAAUUAUGUUGUGUACACGUAACUUGGCCACCAGAUGCCUACGAAGGGUCCACAGCUCCAGCUCAACUGGCCUCGUCGAGCCGGAGCACAGUUUGGGCAUUAUUGGUGUGCCCUUUGCCAAGGGUCAAUCGAAACAGGGCGUUGAAUUGGCUCCAGAUUUGCUGCGUCAAAGUAAUCUACGUCAGGUGCUACAGGCUGCUCACGAUCGCUUGGUGAUCAAAGACUAUGGCAAUCUGCAAUAUGCUGUAGAUGAGAACCUGCUGCAACAGCAGCGUGUCCACUAUCAUCACAUACGGAACUAUGCUGACUUUAUGGCCUGCAAUCGAGCCCUAAUUGGUCAGGUGAAACAGAUGCUCCAGCAGAACUCACAAUUCCUUGCGAUUGGCGGGGAUCAUGCCAUUGGUUUCGGAUCUGUGGCCGGUCAUUUGCAGCAUACACCGAAUUUGUCAUUGGUUUGGAUCGAUGCCCAUGCGGAUAUCAAUUUGCAUAGCACCUCACAGUCGGGCAACAUACACGGAAUGCCAGUUUCGUUUCUAUUGGAACAAUUGCGAUCGACAUGGCAGCAUGCGGAACUCGAUGAGAUAGCCCCAAAUUGUUUGCCAAAGGAUCAAUUGGUUUACAUUGGCUUGAGGGACAUUGACCCCUAUGAAGCGUUCAUAUUGAAUAAAUUUGGUAUACGCUACUAUGCCAUGGAUGCCAUCGAUAGACUGGGUGUGCCCAAGGUGAUUGAAAUGACAUUGGAUGCCCUUAAUCCGCAAAAUAAGAUUCAUGUUAGCUUCGACAUUGAUGCCCUGGAUAGCAAUGUGGCCCCCAGCACAGGGACAGCUGUACGUGGUGGACUUACCCUACGGGAAGGCAUCAGCAUUGUGGAGGCGCUGAGAGACACGAAACGGGUGCAGGGAGUCGAUUUGGUUGAGAUCAAUCCCAAGCUCGGCAAUGACCGGGAUGUGCGCACUACUGUUGAGUCCGGACUUGAGAUACUGAAGAGUAUGUUUGGCUAUCGGCGAUCGGGUCAUUGGGGCAACAUUGAUACGGGCAUAUUGGGUAGGGAGUAAUGCAAGGGCAAAUGCAACAACAACAAACUGAGGGAAUAAACUAGUAUCAACAAA